AUGUCUAUACAGGUGUGGAAAAGACAAUCUUGGGAAAAGAGCUAUCAAACAGAAACAUUACGAGGAUGCUGUUUGGGAAGCAUUCAAAUUGAAUUGGUACUAGGAGUCGGAUUGUUUGAUUUAAGAGAGACAUGCAAUGAACAAGAUGUACCUGAUGCACACCAGCUUAAAGUCGCAUUGGAGUUGUCG